UGACACCGUACAAAGACUAUUCGGCACUCCCAGCAAACAGCGAUGAACUUCUUCAGCUCCCUCCUCAUCACGAUGUGUCUCAUCCUCGCUAGCAGCCGCGUCUUCUGCGAAGCUCGCGCGGCGCCCAAAACCACAGCGAUGAUCCCCACGCCGUUCGAUCUACCCAGCAGUGUAGCCUCCGAUGCCGUAGCCUCCGAACCAGCCGUAUCCCACAGAAUCGAAGUCGGCUCAACCGGCGCGUACAUAGUCUGCACGACGAGCUGGGACAGUCCGCUGUCGAAGCACGUGCAGGUAGGCGCCAACCACCUGAAGGGCUUCUCGCAGCAACCGUGCCGGCAGACGAACUUCGGCGGGAGCUAUUGCACCGGGUUUGUGGCGUAUGGAACCGCAAGGAUCGCGCUGUGCGGCGAGCCCUGGUGGAGUGUCAAGUGCGGAUCAAUGGCGCUUGCCGCGGAGAUGAUUAUUAAGGCGUGCACGAUGCGCGUCGAUGGGCAGAGUAGAGUUGCGGGGUACUAUGUUUUCGAUAGCCGUGUGAGGGCCGUUUUGUUGCAUACUUAAGGGAUGCGGGGUGCGCGGGUGGUGAUGUACAUACCUGAGGUGGAUUGUGCGGGCUGGGAUCGCAAUGUGGAUGAUAGG